UGUUGAGUUUCCGCUUAUACGUCUGUGAUAUUGAGACGGUUGUCGUGUUUAUCUAUCUUCAAGCUAAUAUACAAUGAUAUCUUUUAGAUUACGACGCAGUGUGGUUACAAUAUUGAUGUAAGAUUGUCGUCAAUUUGGUUAUCAGAAUGGGACCUAUCAAACCGAAUCCGGCCAAAGCGCUGCUACGUACUGAGAUCGCGUCGCGCAUCGCCGCGCUAUCGUCUGAAGAGAAACAACGACAGUCCAAGAUUGUCUAUGAAAAGCUAAUCAACCACCCGUGGUACAAAUCUGCAAACAGGAUAUCCCUAUACAUGAGCACUGAUCAGGAGAUAAACACGGCCCCUAUUAUCAAGCACAUACAGGAUAGGGGAGCGGCAGCGUUCGUCCCACAGUACGCUGGAGGGAUAAUGAGGAUGCUGAAACUAGAGACCGGGGAUGAGAAGGCCAUGCCACUUACGAGGCACGGGAUAGCGCAGCAUUCGAAGGACCAGAUCAGAGAAGAUGCUUUGCAGACAGGAGGACUAGACCUCAUAAUCGCACCGGGAGUGGCAUUCUCGAAAUCUGGAAGGAGACUCGGCCACGGCGGCGGGUACUACGACAAAUUCAUCACCAACCUCAGGAAAACACCAGAAACGGCGCCAAAGGUAAUAGCAGUGGCAUUUGAUGUGCAAAUACAAGAUGACGUGCCGAUUAACGAACAGGAUCAACUCGUAGACGAUGUUAUAUUCGCUGAAUAGUUAAUCGAAUAAUCAAUACCUUGUAACCAUCGAUUUAAUGAAUUGUCGAAUGUCUCGUGCCACGUGCAUUUACAUGUAUUUAUAAAAUGUUUAAAUAUAUUUUUUUUUAUUUGUGUU